AUGACGGCAAGCAGAAAUUGUUUCAACAGCUUCAAUCCAGAUGAAAAGAGUUUUGUACUUUUAGCAGACGAAGUUGAGGUAGUCCAAGUAAAAGAUAAAGGAUCAGACAUCAAGGUACCGAUAGAUAAAGACACCAAAUUAAGCUCGAAGUUACUCUCGGUGAACAAAUUAGCAAAUGAUGACUAUAAAGUAAGUUUCGAGAAUGACUGUUGUCGUAUUAUAAAAGAUGGAGUAGUAAAAGUGUUUGCUAAAGCCUCAAGCAACUUAUACCUACUGCCGACCAUCGAAAGUGCAUGUACAAUUAAGGAAAAGGAACACGAUGAAAGCUGCCAACAUACCUGGCAUAAGCGUUUCGGGCAUAGAAACAUAGAUGCAAUAAAGCAAUUAGAGAACGGCCUUGUACCCGGGAUAAAGACAAGGGACUGCGGCAUAAGAGAAAUUUGCGAGUGUUGUAUGAAAGGAAAAAUGACGAAAAAACCUUUCCCUAAAGAAUCAUUACGAGGACGAGUAAUAUUUUGGGUCUCAUACAUACGGAUAAUAUAUCUGAUGAAAACAAAAGAUGGAACCACGAAAUGUGUUAAAGGAUUUGUACAACUAAUGAAAAAUCAAUUAAACAAGAUACCUAAAGUAAUAAGAUCGGAUCGAAGAAAGGAAUACGUCAGCAACAAUCUAAGGAGUUAUUUACAUAAUGCAGGUAUAAAGAUUCAAUAUACAGCAGGAUACUCACUGCAGAAGUAUUGGGGUGAAGCAAUACACACAGCCAACUUGCAAAAUAUCUUAUCUACAAAACACACAGGUAAGACGCCGUAUGAAUCAUGGUACUCUGAACUACCCGACGUCAAAAAUCUUCGUUCUUUUGGUACUAUGGAAUAUGUACAUAUACCUCAAGAGUGUCGAAGAAAAAUAGACGAGAAAGCAGAAAAAUUAAGGUUUGUCGAAUAUUCGGAAGAAUCAAAAGCCCACAGAUUACUUAACACAACUACGGAUAAACUGAAGAAAACAGAGGAGAUAACAAUAAGGAAAUUAUUGAAGAAAAAGGAUGAACCCAAAGACAAAGAUAAGGAAAAUAAAGUAACAAGUAAAGAUAUUCCAGAUUCAGAGCCAAGGCCGGUCAAUUGGCUGAUUAAGACCAUGUUUUAG